AUGAAAAAUUUAAUAUUUUUAAUUAUUUUUUUGAUAAUUUUUUCGUCGCAAUUUGACCGUAAUAAUGGAAAUGUAACUAUUAAUCUUAAUGAAAAACGCCAAGUUAUUGAUGGAUUCGGUGCAUCUUCAGCUUGGAAUGGAGCAGUACCCAAUCAGACAAUGAAUGAACUAUUUGGAACUCUCGGUUAUUCAAUCCUUCGUAUUCGAAUUGACGAACAUAAACGAUGGAAUGAUGAAUUAUCAAAUGCCAAAAAUGCAUUAAAAUUUAAUGCCAAAGUAUUCGCCUCUCCUUGGUCUGCUCCAGCUAAUAUGAAAGAAAAUAAACAAGAAGACAAACCAGGCUCUCUCAGUUCUAACCAAUAUAGCAAUUAUGCUGAUUAUUUAAAAAGUUUUGUUGAUUAUUUCAAAAAUAAUGGUGCACCUCUUUAUGCAAUUUCGAUAAUCAAUGAGCCUGAUUAUGCUGGUAAUCCAAUGUCUUUUACACCAGAUCAAAUGAAAAAUUUUUUAAAAAAUUUUGCGAGUAAAAUUAAAUCGGGAAGUAAUGUAAAAAUUAUAGCAGCCGAAUCUUAUGGAUAUAGAACAGAAAUGAAUGAUGCAAUUUUGAACGACCCUCAAUCAGCUGCCGUAAUUGAUAUUGAUGCAAUGCAUGGAUAUGGAUUUAUUAUGAAACCCCAACCUUUAGUAAAAAAAUCUGGAAAGCAAUUUUGGAUGACCGAACAUUUUAUUGAUGGAAAUGAUUUUAAUACUGUUAUGAAAACAGCCGAAGAUAUUCACAAUUGUAUGACAAUUGCUGAAUUCAAUGCCUAUAUUCAUUGGUGGUUGAGGGGUAAUUCAAUAACUAUGAUGCUUUUAAAACAAAAUUGGCAAUUAACGCCUAACGCUUUUGUUAUUGGACAUUUUGCAAAAUUUAUUAAGCCUGGAUAUUUUCGAGUUAAUUCUGUCAGUUCUAAUAAUAAUAAUUUGCUUGUGAGUGCAUACACAGGGAAUGGAAAGGUAGUAAUUGUGGCAAUAAAUAUGGGAUCCUCUCCUAUAUCACAACAAUUUUCAAUUAAUGGAGGAACAUUACCAACUUCAUUCAGUUCAUAUAUUACUUCUCAAGGCAAAAAUUUUCAACAACAAAAUAACAUAAAAGUAACAGGAGGAUCAUUUACAUAUUCAUUUCCAUCACAAAGUGUAACUACUUUAGUUUCACUUUAA